AUGUGCGGCAUGGCGAUUCUUAGCGAACCACAUCGACUCGCACCCCCAAGGGAAUCGCGGGCAACAGAGGCUACGAUGCUUGCUGCCCAAGGGUCCCAAGGCUCAGGGUCAGCAGGGUCAGGUUCCUGGGCAGAUUGGUGGAAUUCAUUGAAGGAGGUCGCCUCCGACAAGAUUGAUGAAGCCGAAAAGUCGCAAAAAGCAAAGAUGGCUGAGGACUGGCUUGACAAGAAGGCAGAGCAGGUUGAGAAGACGAAUUGGAGCCAGGUUUCAAAGAAUGUGUCGCAAAAAGCAAAGAUUGCUGAGGACUGGCUUGACAAGAAGGCAGCGCAGGUUGAGAAGACGAAUUGGAGCCAGGUUUCGAAGAAUGUGUCGCAAAAAGCAAGACUUGCUGAGGAUUGGCUUGACAAGAAGGCAGAGCAGGUUGAGAAGACGAAUUGGAGCCAGGUUUCGAAGAAUGUGUCGCAAAAAGCAAAAAUUGCUGAGGACUGGCUUGAUAAAAAGGCAGAGCAGGUUGAGAAGACGAAUUGGAGCCAGGUUUCAAAGAACGUGUCGCAAAAAGCAAAAAUUGCUGAGGACUGGCUUGACAAGAAGGCAAUGCAGGUUCAGAAGACGAAUUGGAGCCAGGUUCAAGGCACCAUGUCCAAUGACACCCAGCGCCUCUCACACCAUUUCGAAGCACUGACAAUCGAUGAGACAGAACGCUUGCGCGCUAACAUUAGCACUUACAAAGCCCGGGCACGACAUCCGCGAGACGGGGAUAUAGAAAUUGACUGGAGCUGUGCCGACAAGGUCUUGGUUGGCGCCGGACUUAUAGCCGGGGCGACGCAGAUCACAGUAUUCAAUCUUGUUCCCGCUUUUUUCCGGAUCUUGGGAUUUGCAGCUGAGGGAGUCACGGCUGACUCCCUCGCAGCAAAAUGGCAAAGCUCUAUUGGAAACGUCGAGAAAAGCAGCCUCUUUGCCAUCCUGCAGUCCAUAGCCAUGGCCGGGAUAUCCUCCGAGAGCUAUGUCUUGGUGGUUGCUGCUACCGAGGGCACCGGCAUUACCUCUGCCGUUCCCAUCUUAGCCUCUGGGACGAGCUAG